AUGGCGGCUCUCACCAUGACGCCUCCCACCCGUCAGCCCUUGGCCAGCCUGGACACUCCGAGGAUGCGCACUCUGAUGCGGUCCAAGCUGAACCGUCAGAACGGGCAAAAUGGCAUCGCCCUCACAACAAAAACCCCAAUCUUCAUCGACGACGACUCCGAGAACAUUGAUCCAACCACCCAAUCCCUCUCCAGCAAACGCAAGCGUGCUUUCGAAGACGACGAUGAGGACAGCCUCAAGACGGCCGUCAAGCCCUGCAAGACCUCGCGGAUGGCUCUGAAGGUCACCGGUCCCUCCACUCCCCUGAAAAUCACGCCCGCCACUCCCAAAUCCGCUCCCAUCCUCAAACCAGCCGGUCGUUCGCCCCCGACCAAGGCUAGGACGUUCACCGGUCGCCGGUCGACUAUCGCCAAGGCGCGUCCGGACUCGAGCAAGCUGGGUGUCGGUCGUCCGUUCUCGCUUGCCACGGCCCUGGGACAGGGCAAGACUUCUUCUAAGCCUCAAUCUCAGCCCAAGGGCCCUGCUUCCUGGUUCUUUGAUAUCCACGUCGACUCCGAGCAGGAAGAGAUGACCAAUCUCAUGCAGCACUCGACUGGUGUGCUGGAUAUCAGCGACGAUGAGGGCAAGGCUGCUGUGGUCGACGGCCGCGGGAAGGAGAAUGUUCCCCCCGUCGAGCUAGGACUGGAACCCCCUCGCACCCGUGCCUCGGUCUCUGCGGCUCAUAAGGCCGCUGUCUCCUCCAAGAUGGACGAGGACCGCGCCCCGCUAGGCGAGCUCAACGCCGUAGACUACUACGCCAAGGACUGCAAUGCGUUCUCGUAUGCUGUUGUCUACGACGACGCGGAAGAGAAUGUCGCCGACUUGAAGAAGGCUUCUGCUUUCCCCUUGGCUUCUGCUGCUGCGCCGGCCUCGUUGAGUCAGGGCGCGUCCCUUCCUCAACCCAUCACUGCCUCGAUCGCUUCCUUGCUCGAAGCUGCUGUCCCUCCCAAACCAGAAAUUUAUGACUCCAAGACUGCUGGCGUGUCCGAGGCCCCUGUUGGGGUCUGCGAGAGCUCCAGCGCUGCUGGUGAGGCUGUGCAGGGAUCACAAGAGAAGCAGGAUCCUGCUGUCUGA